AGCAUAGACCGAUACAGUCAACAGCACAGCAAAUAUUCAUUCCAUUUCUAAUUCCAUUCUAUACUCCAAACGUGAAGGUGAAUGCCAUAGGAGGAUUGGUAAAUGGAAAUGAAGCAAUCUCUGUGGCUGCUGCUCCUUCUGGGCACAACAACUGGACUGCUGGACGUGGAGGCUAGAAGCCACCGUAGUCGCACUCGCAUUCAACGGCGAGAUGAAGGUGGUGUAGACCCCCCAAUCGACGUAGCGACAAUUCCGAAACCUAAUGUUAUUAAGCACUCGGGGGAACUGUGUGCGCCAGAAGUUACCAAGGACGAGCUGAUGGAGGUAACAAUUUUGGGAGCCACCAAGGUGAUCAUCAAGCAGGUGGAAAAGCACAGCUUAGAUCAGCCGAUGAGCACGGAUGUGGUGACCUCCAUCAGUGAAUUGGUGAUGAAGGAACUCUUGGCCGGUGGUGCCAUCCAGAACAUGAUUGACAAGCUGCACGUGUGGUGUACUGUCAACAGGCCACCAUUUGUUCCGCAACCCACGGAGGAACCAACGACACCAGACCCAGAAGGCCCGUAUGUCCCUCCUGCUGAGCCUGAACCGGAGCCUGAACCGGAGCCUGAACCUGAGCCUGAACCUGAGCCUGAGCCAGAACCUGAACCUGAGCCUGAACCUGAGCCAGAACCUGAGCCUGAACCUGAGCCUGAACCAGAGCCUGAACCGGAGCCUGAACCGGAGCCUGAACCUGAACCAACAGGCGUAAAUUCGGACUACGACAUCUUUGGCAGUAAGUCUUGCCAGGGAGAGGCUUGCUAGGUAGACUCUCCAGCGUCAACCG